AUGAAUGUAGCUGGCGAUAAAGGAGAUAAUAAACAACAAAAUCUGGGAUCUAGAAGAGAUGCCAAGCCAAUGGGACAAAGGAUAAUAAGUUCUUUUUCCGCCCAAAUAUUUCCACUGAUAUGCACAUUGAUGAGUACUGCAAACGAAGACGGUAUAAAACAGAAGUACUACAUCGUAGCCAACUGGGUGCCAUUCGACAAGUACGAAUAUUAUUACACAACUUAUAUCAUCCAAUUUAUUUUCACCAUUUACGCAGAAAUGUAUAUCAUCUUCUGCGGAACUUUCUUUCUGUCUAUUCUCAACAACAUAUUUGGACAAAUAUUAGUACUAGAAGAUAAUAUUAAUAAGAUUUACGGAAAAGCUAAAAUCCAGUGUGAAAAUGACAGAAACGAAUUCAAGCAAGCAUGCAAUUACUUUGCGAAGCAGUGUAUUCAAGAACACCAAAAUAUUAUUAGCUUAGUUCAACAACUUGAUGAAACAUUUGAGAAUUAUAUCUUCGUAGAUUAUAUUUGUACAUCUUUCGGUUUAUCUAUAGUUGUUCUACAAUUUCUACUAGAAGAUACUCUACAAAUGAAAAUAGCAGCAAUUGGAUUUUUCCUAGCAUUCGCUUCACAAUCACUUAUAAUUUAUUAUAACGCUGACAUUGUAGCAAUAGAAAGUAGCCAUGGUCUUUCUUUAGCGAUAUUUCGAAGUGAUUGGUUUGAACUAGAUUCGAGCGCCAUACACAUGCUGCAAAUCGUUAUCGCGAGAGCUCAAAAACCACUCACGCUCUCUAUUGGACCUUUUAAAAAAGUUGGCGUCGAAUCUAUGAUCGCUUUAUUCAAAGCGACAUAUUCUUUUUUGUCAGUUAUGUGGUAAUAUGUCAUAAUCUACCAAAA